AUGGCGGACGUGUCGGCCGGUUGCGACAAUCCGGCCUCAAGUGUGGACUGGCCAUGGCUGGGGAAGGAGCUGACAUCCUGGAGCCGCGGGCCUGCGGCGGAUUCGCCCAUGCGCUGGAUGACCCUUUGUGUGGCAGCGAACUGGAUCGCGAGAACCCCGCAGGUCUGGGAGGGUUGCAUCAUCGGGAUCGCUUCUGCUGUGCUGCACUCGUCAUUUUGCGCCGAGCCCGGUCCGGAUCGAUCCUACCUUUUCCGGCACGCCAUCGAGGGUGUCUCUUUGGAGGGAUGGGCAGGACUGGUCCUUGAAACUGACUGGCCAUUCUUCUCGCUGAUCGAGAGCCAUGCGCGGCUAAUGAAAGCAGGGUCGUGGACUGGGCAGGAAGGGCUGUUCACCAACCAGGAGCUCCCAGCAUGCGGAGACCGGGGCGAAGAUCGCGCUGGUCACGAGCAUACCGUGUUUCGAGCGGCGACGCAAAUGGCUGAGAAAGGCCAUUUCCUGCUGGACGGGCCUGAAGUUGUCGAUGGCCUGAACGAGGCUUGCGGCCAACCCCUGCAGCAUGAUUUCUCCAGUGCCACGGCAUGCCUUCUGAAGGCUGCGGUUUCGCCAUCUGUGGCACGCUCUGCGCUGGUGUCAGCAGCAGAGGACGCAGUCAUGGGCUGCCUUGCAGGGAAGGCGUUGCUUCCGGCUUUGCUGCAGACGCCCUGGCCGCUUGCCACCCUGCUCACGAUGCUGCAGCAGAAGUCAGCAGUGGCUCAAAGCCAGCCAGCUGCUGAGAACCGCGGGCUAAUCUGGAUGCCAACCGACGCUCCAGGCAACUUCGCCACGGUUUGGGAGCAGAAGACUGAUGUGCACUACCCCUGGGUGCAGUUUGUGGCACGAGCGCUGGGGCCAGAGCAGCUGGUGCUGCCGUUGCCUUGGCCGCCCAACACCAGCUUCCAGGCGUUGAAGAACGAGGCGCUGAUGUUAUUGGAGCGCUUCGCUGUCACCAACUACCCGGGCCCAUCCAAUGACCGUGAGACGUGGAAGACGCUCUGUCUGGUCUGCAAAGACGGAUCACAAGACCCAACCACGGAGAAUGCGACGAACUUUGCCCCAACCGAAGCGCUUCGAGAAGCCCCAGAGCUCCAGAAGUUUGUCGCACUGUUCGGAAAGACCGGUCGGGUGCGACUGAGCCUCCUCCUGCCAGGUGGGAUGAUCGGCUGGCAUCCGGAUGACGGAGUGCUGGAAAACGGCCGCUUGAUUCUUCAUGUGCCGAUCAUGACUAGCCGCGGAGCUUUGACAAGAGUCGGCCACCUCCUUCUCCACGUUCCUGAAGGUGUGAUCCACUGGUGUGACUACUCGCUACCGCACAGUGUCUUCAACGCAGACGAUGAGGUUCGCGUGCACUUGAUCAUUGAUGUCGUGGCGAGAGAUAAUGAGGAUUUCCUACGUAAUUUCCUCGAUCCCAUGGAGCCGUCGCUGCGGGAAGCAUUGCGGGAGAAUGCUUUGCCAGGGCUUCCUACAGACCCCGAGGUGUCGCCAUAUUCCGCCGGUCCUGCGGGCACCGCGUUUGCGAGGCCGCUCGCCCGACAGAUGUCGAAGACCUUCGCCUUAUUGGUUGGACAAGAGUUGCCGCUGCUGGAGCGCUCCAUUUGGCGGCAGGUUGCAGCGGCCUACCUUGACCAGGUGGCCAAGCAACAACCUCCACGAGCAGCAAGCCGAGGUCAUGGCUCAGCCUUCACCUUGGAGCCGCCCUUGGCAGUUGUUGGUGGUGGCGUGCCAAGGAAAGCUACCGCAACCAGGCGACCUGGAUCUGCUGGCAGGGCCAAGGCACCGCCUGCGAAGGCACUGGCCAGCGGAGUUGCUGCUGAGAGGAGCAGAGAGCGUGCUUCCACACGCAAAGAAUGCAACUGUCGUUUCUGCCCAUCCUGUCGCCGAAGGUUGCACCAGGACAACAUGCGCCAGGCCAUUGCAAGGCCAUCCAUGCUGAAGACUGGCCAUCAGUCAGAGCAUAUUUGCUGGCUUGCAGAAGGUCGUUGGAGACGAUUUCCGGGGAGUCGUCGCAAGAGCCGUCGAUCCCCUCGUCCAAUGCCCAUGUCAGAGACGGUCGAGAUACCGCUCGACGUCCCACACCUGCAGCACAGCCGCCACAGCCACAGAUUUGGGCACGUUGGUUAG